AUGGCAUCGGCCAAGUCUUUGCCUCCUUUGAUCGAUAUCCGCAGCAUCCACAACAGUGACGCGGAGCCAUGUAAGCUCGUCAGCGAUGCCUACGAAAAAUACGGCUCCCCCGGCAGUCGUUCCAUCGUGCCGCUGGCUCCAUCAGUGGGAAUCGCCUGUCUCAAGUCGGUUCCCCUUCAAAAGAAGCGAGAUCUCGAAUUGCUGGAUUAUCUCAUACCAUACCUGUCUUACCAGAGCACUCUGGAGAUCCUGGCCGACCCGCCAGAGGAAUACCUUAUUCCGGGCGUUGAUGUCCUCGGCGGCAUAGAAGUCAUCAGAAGCAAGCUGAAGAAUGACGAGUAUCAGGCGCAGUACGAGGUCAUGACUGACCUGCAGAGCAUUUUCUACGCCGCUAGCGAUGGGCACUUUGCCUACAUUCCGGGUCUCAUGAGCACCUUCUUCUUCAUUCGACCGCACAUCAUCUUCCAGUCCGUGUCAACCGACGGAACUCGUCUCCCUAACAUUUUUAUGGACUCAGAUAUCCAACUCAGCAGCGAGAAAGAGCUUUCCUACUCCCCCUCUGCCGUUGAGAGCAUUGAUGGUGUCCCAAUCACUGAGUGGCUUGAGAACGACGGUGUUUUCAGGAUUGGUAACUCCCAGGAUCCUGACGCCCAGUACAACGGACAGUUUCGGAGUGCUGCGCGAAAGGCUGUUGGAGCGGAGGCUGGAAUAUUCGGCGUGCAGGCCGAGAUCCCCGACUCUUACACCCUGUCGUUCUACAACGGCACCACGAUGGUGGCCCACAACAUGCUUCUGUUUCCCGCGAGCACCGAUUUCACCGGAAUCACUUCAGGGGAAAAGUUGCAAGAAAGAUUUGAGCUUCCCCCAACCACAACGUCCGUGAUGCCCGGAAACUCCACUCCCUAUUCGACACCCAGUAUCGCCAGCACCACGGAGUCAACCGAGUCGACGACCUCGGCCACUCCUGAGCCGACCGUUCCUGGAUACCCCUACCCCGUGGUGAAGCACCCACUUAACUCGUUUUCCGGAUACUUUCUCAAUGAGACUGGGUUCGAGGACACCGCCGUCUUCUCAAUUCUGGAAUUCGAACCCGGCAACCCCCCUGCCGACUUCAAUGUCACCGAGUACAUCGUUGACGCCAAGGAUGUCUUCAUAGAGUUUCUCAAGAAAGCUAAAGUGGCAAAGCGUGAGAAGCUCAUUAUUGAUCUAUCAAACAACGGUGGUGGAUACAUCGAACUGGCUGAAUCGUUUUACGCACUGCUUUUCCCAAAGGGAGAGAUCAGUAACUGGGGUCGCUACCGUAAUAACGUGGCCUUUGAUGCGUUUUCAGAAGCCAACUGGAAGGCGCUCGCAAGCGUUGAAUUCCCCUCCGCAAACCCCUACCCGAUCAACCCGCAGGGUCAUGAUAUCAAGACCGGCAAGCAAUGGUUUGGGCCUUACACCGUCGAGGGCGGCCAAAACGUCACUUCAGCAGCUCGUGGAAACCCGGUCGACCCCAUUGAGUAUUUGAGCACUGUCGGCAUCACUAUUGAGUCAGAUGAGGCACCUUUCGCAGCGGAAAACAUCCUCAUCGUCACGGAUGGCAUAUGCGCUUCGUCUUGCACCAUCUUCACCGGCCUCCUGAACCGUAACCAGGGCGUCCGUACUCUUGCUCUGGGUGGCCGCCCGAUGAACCUGGCCAUGCAAGCACUGGGAGGUGUCAAGGGAACGCAAGUCCAGACUUUCGCCACAACUCUCGAAAAUGAAGAGACAUUCAUCGCCGCUCUGAAGAAUGACACACAGGCACUGCGAAUUAUCCGAGACGCCAUCCAGGCUUUGCCCAAGCCAAACCCGCCAUUGCUCUCCAGUACGGGCUCCCUUAACCUUCUCAGUGGAUAUACCGUCCAUGACCUGGAAGGAUACCCGGUGCACUUCAAGUACGAGGCUGCGAACGGCCGACUGUUUUACACUCAAGAAAUGAUCACAGACGUAACCGAAAUCUGGCGACAGGCGGCUUCCGUGGCUUGGAACGGCGCGUCGUGCGUGCUCGGGUCGACGGAGAACCAGGACGGCACCAUGGGCGACAAGGCGCUUCCAUUUGAUGCCCGCGUGAGGAGCCAAGCGAUAGGCGUCAAGGGUCCGGGAUCGUUGAACUGA